GAGAGAUGGCAGGAAGAAGCUGUUUGGAUCUCGGUGGUUUUGCCGUGAUGGCUUUUUAGGGAGCUGCGAUAAGUCGCUGGAUGUGCGUGGCAUCACAGGAAGAGAGGACCUCAGUGUGGGUGCUACUACAACUGGAGGAGUGAGCUUUUACCCCUGGACGAUAGAUAACAAGUAUUACUCUGCAGACAUUCACCUCUGUGUGGUGCCAAACACAGCUCUGGUCACAGGAGCCAUCGCUGAAUCUGUGCAGGCGUUCGUGGUGUACUUCGACAGCUCCACAAAAUCUGGGCUGGAUAGUGUAUCUGAAUGGCUUCCCCUGACAGAAGACUGGCUACCAGAAGUCAUGAUCCUGGUCUGUAACAGAGUAUCUGAACAUGGUGUUAACAGACAGAAAGCCCAAGAAUGGUGCAUCAAGCAUGGCUUCGAACUGGUGGAACUGAGCCCUGAGGAACUACCAGAUGAAGAUGAUGACUUCCCCGAGUCCACAGGAGUGAAACGAAUUGUGCAGGCCUUGAAUGCCAACGUUUGGUCAAAUGUGGUCAUGAAGAAUGACAGGACCCAGGGCUUUGGCCUCCUCAGCACGUUAGCAGGUGCGAACUGCAGCCUUGGGUCAGAAGAGAACCAAGAUACAGAAUCCAAUCCAGCAGCAGCAGACAAAGAACCCCAUUUAGACAACAGAGAGGAUGCAGCUAGCACAAACGACCCACAGAUGGACAGUGCUGUAGAUCCUGUGUUAGAUACAGAUAUUCAGGAGCUGGCCAGCCUGACCACGAGGGACGGCGACCUGGAGAACUUUGAGAGGCUGUUCUCAAAGUUGAAAGAAAUGAAAGAAAAGGCUGCAACGUUGCCCCACGAACAAAGGAAACUGCAUGCAGAGAAGGUGGCCAAAGCGUUCUGGAUGGCAAUUGGAGGAGACAGAGAUGAAAUUGAAGGUCUCUCCUCGGACGAAGAAAACUGAGGUCUUCGGCAGCUGUAAGCAAACAGUGAUCCUAAGAGUGAUCUUUUCCUGCAGUGAGUGUUAAUUGCAGAAAGCCCCAUUUAGCUUUAGCUGCUCUCUUUGGUUAAAGGAUUCACCAUAUCGUUGUAAUGAGUAACACAUCCACAACACCUUAUGGUUAGAGUGGUUUUGUCUGACUGUUUGUUCUCCCUCAGAGAGUUUUGGAUGACGACGUAUGCAUUUAGAGGAAAUAAUAGGUUAGUUUACAUUUUUCAAAUUAACAUUUUUAUAGUUUCCUCUUUUGAGUUUAAACAAACAAUUUUACUACCAGUUACCCUUCUACAUAUGGCUGUUGGUUGUUAAACAACUACUUAAUUCUAAACAUUUAGAUGUAGGUCUGUUUGAUGUUUUUGUGUAGCUUUAUAGCUGACUUACAAAACAAACCAGAUUUCUAUGAGGCAUGAAGAGAAACUCGGUGUGCUGUACCCUAUUGGAGAUGCUGCGCCGGGGCUGCAGGGUUAAUCCUGCUGAGUGCCAGAGCCAUUAAAAAUGGCCCAUAGGCUUCGAUUUCUGUUUGUGCUUGUAAGCACGUGGUCCUUCCCUAAGAACUCCGGAGCUGUGCCACAUUCCCCAGGUUUCCAUGAGAAAGGAGAUUUGGGAUUAAACGCAAGACAGGCUUCUGCUGCUGGUCCAGGCAUGAAUUUCCCCGCUCAAACCUUCUGCAGUGCAUUGCCUCCAACAGGGAGAACGCACAGACCUUCACGUGGUGAAUUCUCACCUAAACAUUUCAAACCUCCCCCACUCACCCAGUGCAUUUAUUACAGACUUCUGCUCCUGUAUGUUAAUUAGAACAUACCAGAGUACGGGUCCCAAAUGGCUGCUUUGUGGUACCAAGGGUUAGAAAAAUUCCUUCAUCCUCAGCGUUAGGAUGUUGCCACCUUCUGCACAGUCACAGGGUUUCUGGAGAACACAGGCACGCACAGCACUGAACAGGAAGGCACGGUGUGGGGAGAUGAGGAAAGGUAAAUUGCAUCCCUCCUGUUGUGCUGCAGGACCGCUCCUGUGGCUGCAUGGGGGGGGACUGUGCUCCCAGGAGUGUUUCCUUCCCUCUAUGUGAAGGGCAGUGUGAAACAGCCUUACCUUGAAGUUAGCUUUUCUAAUGUCAGUAAAUUUAGUGAGGCCUAGGCAGUGGCUUUCCAUAGGAUACCUGACAGCUUUGAAUUCCAAAGGCACUUUCACAGCGGUUCUUGACAUUCACUGCCUGUGCUUUUAAGAUUAAGCAGAGCUAAGACAAUAGGCUUCUUUGAAGACUGUAAAUUGGUGCCUCGU